AUGUAUGUCGUAUCGCCCUCGACAAGUACGCCACGCAAUUUCGGGACUGGAAUGGUCGUCACGGAGGCAACAAGGAGCAUGCUACGAGUUUCAGAUUCGUGCACGCCUGUCCCAAACUUAACGACCACAUCACUGCCGACUCUUACCACAUGCCGGCUCUUACCACAGUUCUCUUUGGGUUGUUGUAAGCAAGAAUGCAGCACGUGCGGACGCCAGGAGCUCCUACAGCAUGUAGUGAAAUUGCGCGUUGCAGUUCGUCCUCAAUUGGUAUCUCAUCUCCGACGUUCAGCUGCGCUACUGGCAGCAUUUUGCAAUGGAUCGAUUGCUCUUGAAGCAACCGAAUCGCUUCCUUCCAGACAAGUGGAAACCAGUCUUUCCGCGCACAGAAGAAACGACCCGCCGAGUACAUUGCUGCGCAGCAGGGGCACCAAUCUGCGAUAUGUCGCGGCAACCAUGACCGCCGCGACGACCAUGUACGCGACGAUCAAACCGAACACGGCCUCCCUGCCCCACCCGCUCCACACGACGCCGGCGAGCAGGGCGAACACGACCCUGGCGACAGAGCCGCUAGCGGAGAAGACGCCGAGAAAGCCUCCGACGGGGAGGCCGGCGAGCACCUUUGCGAAGAGGGCGAGCACGGCCGUCUGUUCGACGGGGUACGCGACGCUCCAUAGGUGGGGCGGGGAGGGUGAACGGAGGAGGAUGGCGGGGGGGCUAUCGGGGAUGCAUUUCGCGAGCGGGGGGGGGACGGCGAGUCAGCGGGACAAGAGGUGGAUUCGCCGGGGGUGUGGAUUUUCCGGGGAUUCCCCAGAAAAUCCACACCCCCGGCGAAUGCCCCAAUCCAUAUCCGAUAUGGAUUGGGGCGGGGCUAAGGCGCGCGGCGGGGGUGCGCCGCAGCGGGCGCGAUAG